CACCAUCACCAUUUCACGGUCACACGCACGUCCAAUUCAAACCUUUUCUUUUCUCACUUAAUUCGCAACACUUGCGUCCGCGCGUGUUUUCAGCAAUUUUAAAUAAAAUAAUUUAAACAACUUUAUAAACUUCCAUUCAGUGUAUAGAAAAAUCGGCCGAAACCAACUUAUUAAGUGAUUUUACAAUGGCUCAACCUAAAGCUGACAUUGCCUUGAUCGGCUUGGCCGUCAUGGGCCAAAACCUGAUCCUCAACAUGGACUCCAAAGGAUUUGUGGUCUGCGCCUACAACAGAACUGUUCAAAAGGUGCACCAGUUUUUGAACAAUGAUGCCAAAGGUACCAAGAUCAUUGGGGCUGAGUCACUGGAGGACAUGGUGAGCAAGCUGAAGACUCCUCGCAAGGUCAUGCUGCUGGUCAAAGCCGGGUCGGCGGUGGACGAGUUCGUCUCCAAGCUGGUGCCUCUGCUGUCGAAGGGGGACAUCAUCAUCGACGGCGGCAACAGCCAGUACACGGACACGCAGCGCUGGUGCAAGCAGCUCGCCGGCUCCGGCAUCCAUUAUGUCGGCAUGGGGGUGAGCGGCGGCGAGGACGGGGCGCGCUACGGCCCCUCUCUGAUGCCGGGCGGACACCCGGAGGCGUGGCCCAGCCUCAAACCCAUCUUCCAGGCGAUCAGCGCGAAGGUGAACUCCGAGCCGUGCUGCGACUGGGUGGGGCAGGACGGGGCCGGGCACUUCGUGAAGAUGGUGCACAACGGCAUCGAGUACGGAGACAUGCAGCUCAUCUGCGAGGCCUACCACCUCAUGAAGGAUGUGCUCGGUCUGGACCAGGACGAGAUGUCCCGAGUGUUCGCGGAGUGGAACAAGGGAGACCUGGACUCGUUCCUCAUUGAGAUCACCACCGACAUACUCAAGUACAAGGAAAACGGCAAGUUCCUGCUACCGCUGAUCCGCGACACGGCGGGGCAGAAGGGCACGGGCAAGUGGACCGGCAUCGCGGCGCUCGAGCACGGCGUGCCCGUCACGCUGAUUGGCGAGGCCGUGUUCGCGAGGUGUCUCAGCGCACUGAAGGAUGAGCGCGUGCAAGCCAGCAAGAGCCUGCCCGGCUCGUCGUACAAGUUCUCCGGCGACAAGAAGGCGUUCCUCGAGGACCUGCGGCGCGCGCUGUACGCCAGCAAGAUCAUCUCGUACGCGCAGGGCUUCAUGCUGUUGAGGGAGGCCGCUAAGGUGAACAACUGGACGUUGAACUACGGAAGCAUCGCUCUGAUGUGGCGAGGAGGCUGCAUCAUCAGGAGUGCCUUCCUCGGCAACAUCAAGGACGCGUUCACGACGAACCCCGAGCUGACCAAUCUGCUUCUCGACCCGUACUUCAACGACAAGAUCCGCCAAUCGCAGCAGUCCAUGCGGCAGGUGGUGGCCAAUGCGGCGUUAGUGGGCGUGCCCGCGCCGGCUUUCUCUGCCGCGCUUGCGUAUUACGAUGGAUAUAGGAGCGCUACGCUGCCGGCUAACUUGCUGCAGGCCCAGCGCGACUACUUCGGCGCUCACACAUACGAGCUCCUCUCCAAGCCGGGCGAGUUCGUGCACACCAACUGGACCGGCCACGGCGGCAACGUGUCCGCAUCCACGUACAAAGUCUAGGUUGUAAUGCGGAACGGUUGCCACGCUAUAGUGAGUGGACUAGUGACGAGGGAUUUGCACUUGUAUAAGUUUAGCUGUCAGGUAAUUCGCUCGAAAUGGAUUGGGCUUCAGGGUUGCUGCAUUAAUUAAAAUCAAAUUAAGAUGUUCGACUUCGAAUAUCCGGUAAAGGUAUGUGUAGUAGCCCUCGACAUUAGGUACUUAUCUACGUCGUGGUCGUAAAAAAAUGGUGACACACAUUAGUGUUUGGCAACUGUUCAAAAACCCAAAACUAACACAGGUUCAUCUGAUCAUUAUUUAUACUUAGCCAUUUAACUAUCGUGCGCAAACAAUUUUACUAUAAAUGCAAAUAUCCUUCUCUAAAAUGACGUAAAUCGCAUAUGACCUUGUCCUUGAUGAAACUGCGUGAGUUAUGUUAAAAAAACUAUGACGUACUCUCUUAGACAUUAGCCAUUAGUGCUGAAAAUAUUUCAUCUAAUAGGUAUUGUUUAAAAUCUAUCCUAUUGAUAUUGAUAGGAUGCAGUUGACUAAUUAAUUUAUUUAUAAAAUUAUUAAAUUAUCAUCAUUAUAAUUAAUAAAAGACUAUAAUAUUCGCAAAGCAAGACAUUCCAGAAGGUUUUUUUAUAAUUCCUUAAGUAUAAAUAACUUUUAUAUUUUUUUAAGUGGUGUUAACUGUUUUUGAUUGAAUUGUUCACCUGUUUAUCGUGCAUUUUAUAUUUAUUGUUAUAACAAUAGUUCCUGGAGUAUACAAUGCUGUUGAAAAUUUGACUAUUUCACGUUUUAUUAUGAACUUAUUAAUGUUUUUUUAUGAUAUAUUGUAUAAGGUUGUGGGAAUAUACCUGUUUUUGUGAUUUCAACAUUGAAAUCAUGUUGAUGGUCCAAUCUGCUUUGCCUUAUUUCAGCCCAAUAUUCUAAUUAAGGAUUCAAACUGAGUCACAGACAACCUGUGUUGGUGAAAAUUCUUAAUUAAAGUAGUCGGCAAAUAGUGAGUAAGUAAAAUGUUUCCUAAUUAUUUGACUUGCAAAUGUUUCAUAUUUUUGAUGUUAAAAUAUAUGUUUCACAAAACGGAA